AUGGCUAUCAUCAGUACAAUUUUGGAGUCGGCCUUUGGUAGCCCGACGAUGCAAACCCACCAUGGAGAUUUCAGAGCUGGAAUUCGGGAUGAAUUUGGGGAAUCAGAACAGGAUCGCGUGUUGAAAAACGACCUUGCGAUUGUAUCACUUACCUUCGCUUCACUCAGUCUCAUCCUGACGCUUUUUACCUUUUACUGGUUCGUGAAAAUGAGGAAGACGUUUCGGCAUGAACUGAUAGUGUUGCUUAUUCAAAGUGACUUGAUCAAGUCGGUGUGGUUCAUCGUCCCCUCGAUUGCGCACCUACUCCGAGGUCCUAUUCGCUCCGACUCUGCCUUUUGCCAAAUUGCCGGAUUCGGUCUCGCGCUAGGCAUCGAGGCGUCCGACAUCGCAGCUCUGCUCAUCGCCAUUCACCUUCUGAUGACCAUCUUACGCCUGCGGACCGGCCUCUAUCGCUACCGACACUGGGCAUACGGGGCUUACUACUUCUUUCCCGUGCUAUUCGCAAGCUUGGCUUUUGUGGACGGCACGGGAUACCAGGAGGCUGGCCAUUACUGCUACCUCCGGACAGACAAGAGUUGGGCACGGCUGGCCCUCAGUUGGGUUCCUCGCUACGUCAUUUGCUGCAGCAUCCUGGCCAUCUACUUCUUUGUUUACUUUUACGUUCGCAACCGAUUGGAGGAUUACGGAAGGAGAAGCUCGGGAAAUAUGAACCACCCGCGCUCCCGGGAUACGCACGACGCACCUCCUACCCCUCGGCUGAUAUCCCACGGGCUACUUGUGUCGCUACCAAACUCGCGAAGGGGAUCUGCGGCAGACCAGAAUGUUACCGUCAAGGACCGCAACAGGUCUGUGUCAUCGAUCAGCACGAUUCAGUUCGAAUUAUAUGUGGACGAAGCUGGGGAGCAGCCAACUAGCAGGUCAGGACGGUCGUCAAAGCACAGGCCAGCGAAGAUGAACUGGAAUUGGCCUGGAUUUGUGCACACCCCCCGAUCCUCCGGGGAAAAUGGACGCUUGAUGGUGGAAGAUCCGGACGACCCUCUGUCUCAACCACUUCCCUCGCCGCCGCUCCCGGUCCACUCUCCCGAGAGACCACCCAGGGCCAGCCGGUCUGACAACUCAUCUGCCAGCCCACGCUCCUAUUGGCAUAGGCCAGUCCCUUCGGAAUGCUCAACAGUGCACGGAAACCACGCAACCCAUGACUUGCCGCCAAGCUCCACCACCACUGUUAACCAAAGCACAUAUCACAUCGAUCUCACACUCACUCACAUCCUCACGAUGCUUCGAAAGGGACCUCCGCGAACAUCUAAGAACCCUCCCACCACUCGGCCUUCCUCGAUCACCAUAUCGCCCGGUUCAAUUGGAGGCGACUCGGGCGUUACUCGCAACCGCGAGAGGGCACGACGCCAGCUUUACGCGCUGUUUGCUUACCCGCUCGUCUACAUGAUCGUCUGGGUAUUUCCCUUCCUCUCCCAGGUAGUAUUCUACGACGACAAAACUUCCCCGCAUAACCCGCAGUGGCUUGUGUUCGUGAGCAUGAUCAGCCUCGGCAUCCAGGGCGCGGUCGACUGCACGCUCUUCACUAUGAGAGAGCAACCGUGGAAGUACGCCCAGGGGGACUUUUGGACUGCGCUGCGGGCACGGAUGCGGUUCAGUGGCAGCUGCCUCUGGGGAGACGUCGGGUUCGCGGGCAGGACCAGGGAGGAAAUGUUCCAUGACAGCCAGCUUGCGAGGAGAAGACGGGAGCAGGAAAUCGCGGACGAGAGAGCCCGACGCGCUGUUCACGGGAUUACUCUUGAGGGUGCUGAUGUUGAAGCUGGUGCUGGUGGCGCUAGAGGUGCUGCGACGAGGAAGACAGGAGCCGUUGAGUGGUGGGAUACAGCCGAUUUACUCGAUGGGAUGAUCGAUGACCAUGAAGAACGUAGCGACGAUGCGAAUGAUGAUUUUUGGGCUCAGCUUUAUCGGUUGAAUGGAGAUGGAGGCUGGUAG